AUGUUUACAUUCGGUAACACUCAACCUACUGGAGGAUUUGGCUCGACACCAUCAUUUGGUGGAUUUGGUUCCCAACCUUCUAAUACCGCCAGUAAUAGCACGUUCUCGUUUGGCCAGGGUGGGCAAACAGCAUUUGGCACCUCACAACCAAGCAAUACAUUCGGGUCAAACACUACAGCAGGACAGGCGACUGGUUUCGGAUCAACCACCAAUACUUUCGGUACACAAUUUAAGCCCACAACAACAUUUGGGACUUCUACAACAGGGUUUAAUACGAUGGGAAGCCAAAAUGCUCAACCAAAUACUUCAACAAAUACUUUUGGAAUGGGAGCAACUGGUUCCGCUCCAUCCACAUUCGGAACAUCAAAUUUAUUUGGCUCUAGUGGAACAAAUACAACUGGUACAUUUGGCUUUGGAUCAACUACCACACAACCGACAACCUCUGCAUUUCCAAGCACUUUUGGAUCGUCUACCGGUACCGGAUUUGGUGCAACAACAGGAACAACAACAACAGGAGGUAGCGGAUUUACUUUUGGACAACCCAACACAACAGCUCAAGGAGGAAGUCUAUUCCCAACAUCUUCAACCACAACCACUGGAGGUAUGGGAUCUAUGGGAUUUGGAGGAAUGGGGCAAGGACAACUCAAUGCUUCAAUUUUCCCACCAUUCAAGCCUGUAGACGAAAAUGGAACAAGUGGAAAGGUGACAUAUUAUUCAUUAACGAAAAUGGACCCCUACAAGGAUAAAUCGUUUGAAGAAUGGAGAUGGUACUACAUGCUUGCUUCACAAGGCAAGUUGACAAGCAGUCCUUUUUCUCAACCUACUACAACAACUACCACCACUGGAAUGUCCACCGGUUUUGGUGGCCAACCAACAACUAGUACAAGUUCUUCAUUUACAUUUGGAAAUACUGCUUCUCAACCUUCAUCCACUUUUUCAACCACAACAGGAUUUAAUAGACCUACUACUACAGGUUUUGGUUUUGGAACCACAAACACAGGACAAACAGGUACCACAACAUUUGGUAGUACAGGAACAGGAGGAUUCGGAACUACAGCGCCUACUAGCACUUUUGGAGGCACUGGAACAGGUAGUUUUGGAUUUAACAAACCUGCCACAACUGGAACUACAGGAGGUUUUACCUUUGGAUCAGGUACCACUACUGGAACUACAGGAUUUGGUGGUACAGCAACCCAACCAAAUACAGGAUUUGGUGGCUCCUCAACUGGUACUGGAGGAUUUAAUUUCGGAGCAGGAACAAAUACUGGAACCACAGGAUUUGGUGGCUCCUCAACUGGUACUGGAACUGGAGGAUUUAGUUUUGGUACCGGCACUACCGCUCCUGCAUCUACUGGAUUUAACUUUGGAAGCGCACCUGCCACUGGUAUGGGCACUAGUGCCACAACAGGUACUGGAACAACAGGAUUCAAUUUUGGCACCUCACAAACUUCACAACCUGCUGGAACUACAAGUGGUUUUAACUUUGGAACUGGAACUACAAGUGGAUUUGGAGGAUCUGCUCCUUCAACAGGAGGUUUUAAUUUUGGAACAGGAGGUACUACUGGAGGAAGUACAGGAGGAUUUAAUUUUGGUACCACCGGUACAACUGCUCCCACAUCUACUGGAUUUAACUUUCAAACAGGAGGCUUUGGAGCUAACUUGACUGGAGGUACAGCUACAAACUUUGGGCCAGCUAUCAAUGUUGAGGUUCCAACUGUGUUGAGCGACCCUUAUGGUCCAAACUCACUCUAUCAAAUUCUUAAGGAUUCUGGUGUCUCUGAAUUAAAAGAGGUUGAGGAUGAAUCAAGUGUGAUAUCUAAAUCUGUUCAAAAAACAUCAACUCAAAUAAGACCAAGAACGUUCAAGAAAAGCAGUAUCAACACUAUGGCAGAUAGACUCGCAUUGCUAUCUACUGAAGGCGAGACUAACAAGCCAUUUGAGGAUUUAUUAGACAGCUCAUCUUUCACAUCAAAAGAAAAUGUUAAAAGCCUGACAAUCUCUCCAAAGAUAUUUGAAAGUAAGAGAGCGCAGAAUCAACCAGAACAAGGAGUUUCUAAGGCUCCUGAGGUACAACAAGAUACACAAACCUUGGCCAAUACAAAUAUUGUAAAGCCAAAGCCACAGAAAGGAAAAGUGAUGUCGAUUGAUAUUGAGCCAACCCAAACAGAUGAGAUUGAAAAACCUUAUUAUCUUCCAAAAUUAACCAAAGAAGGUUUCUAUACUAUUCCAUCAAUGGAAGAAAUGAGAAAAAUGACAAAGACACAGCUUCAAAACGUCAGAGACUUUGUUGUUGGAAGAGAAGGCUAUGGUGAGCUCAAAUUCUUAGGAUUUACAGAUGUCACUAAAAAUUUGGAUUUGGACAAAAUCAUUUUUGAAAUUGAGAAAAAUUAUGUCGAUGUUUAUAGCGACAACGUUUAUAGAGAAGGUGAGAAGCCUCCAGUUGGAACCGAACUGAAUAAGCCAACCAUCAUCACACUUUUUGAUGUCCAUCCCAAGAAUAAUGACCUUAGGGCUUUUGAAAGAAGGUUAAGAAAUGUUUGUGAAAAAAAUGGUAGCAAGUUUCUUUCUUAUAACAAUGGGCAAUGGACUUUCUCUGUAGAACAUUUCACAAAAUAUGGACUAGAGGAAGAAGAAGAAGAAGAAAUGGAACAAGUUGAAGAGGAACAUGAGAAUAAUGAUAUCAAGCAAGAUUCAGUAAGAAUUUCUAAAAUUAUUGCGGAUGAAGAUGAGGAAGUGGAAGAUGACAAUUAUACUGAUUUUUUGCGUAGUGAUGAGAUGCUGGAGAUUAAUACCCAUAAAAACUUUCUACCAAGACAGUUAAACUUGGAUCCUCGCAAAUUGUACCUCAUGCAAUCAAAUCUCAUGGAUGAAAACGAAGAUAUUGAUAUCUCCUCCAUUGAAAGCAGUAGAAAACCCAAAAAAACAAGAUUUGUCGGCACAACAGAAGAACCAUUUCAAACAUUUUCAUUUACGACAGAAAUUCCACCUGUUCAGCCAAUGAAACAAAAAAAGGUUAUUACCCCAGUUCCAAGUAGCAUAAGGGGAGAUAAGGAAUCAGAAUCUAAUCCAGAAGACAUGCUGUCAGCUUUGAGAAGAUCAUUCAGAGUCGGAUUUCUCCCUAAUGGCCAAUUUUUUGUUCCUCACUUCGUUUUUAAUCCAAAAUCUACUGUAUCCAAUUUAUCCAUUUCAGAUGUUAUCGUAAAAGAAGAUCACAGUGUAGCAGAAAAUCAAAGAGAAGACUUUUAUCGUCUAAAGUAUGCAACUUAUCUAGACCUUGCCAUUGAAAACUGUUAUAGACACGAUAUUUCAAUUCGUGUUAAAGGUGAAUACACCACAGUUAUGGAAAAUUAUAUUCGUAGAAUUGAAGCUAUGGUAAAUAAUAUUGACUCUUUAAACAUUUCUUCACAAGUGAAGGACAUUACUCGUUCUAGAGGAUCGGUCGAGUUAAGCGUUUGGAAAUUGAUCCAAAUUCUAUUUAGCCAAAUUAAUAUGGGUGACAAUAAUGAAUAUGCGGACGAUAUUGCUAGAAAAAGAAAUUUAAGCUCUUGGAUUCGUGAUCAAAUACCAAUCGAAGAUAUUAUUAGAAAUGAAAACCCUUCUCCUCUUCGAAAAAUAUAUUUAUAUUUAACAGGCGGCAGAAUUCCAGAAGCUGCCAAAGUAGCUUUAGAAAAUAAGGAUUUGAGACUUUCUGCGAUUAUUUCUCAAUGUUUUUCCAAUCCCAUGAUUCAAAAAGACAUUGAAAAGCAAAUUACAUUAUGGAACCAAACAAAAGCUAACAUUGAUCCCGAAAGAAAGAAGAUUUAUGAGCUUUUAGCUGGACAUGUUACAGACACUUCACUUCACUGGCUUCAAUGCUUGGGUUUGCACUUGUGGUUUAAAUGCUCUCCUGAUCAAACUAUUUGUGACGUGUUACAGAGUUAUAUCUCAUAUUUUGAAACAGCAAGAUCUACAAGGCCGCUACUCAACACAAAGUACCAUUCCUCUUCUGUUCACUACGACGUUCGAUUUAAUUUGCUUAGGAUUUAUUGUGAAUCUAAGAGAAGAGUACCUCUUGAACUCAGCAAAUAUUUAAAGCCCUAUACCUAUUGCAAUGAUAUUAUGGAUUGCCAACUCUCAUGGCACAUGUACAAUAUUCUAAGAUGGGUACCUUCGGUUGGUCAAUCUAGCAACAUGGCACACAAAAUCCACACGAGCUAUGCUUUACAAUUGGAGCAAGCUGGUUACUGGUGCCACGCUAUAUUUAUCCUUUGCCACAACGAGAUCUCUCCUGCGUUUUCUACAGAUUUACUAUCAUCCCAAAGUUUAGACAGAGAAAAUAAUGUAGUUUCUAGGAUCAAAAAGAAUAAGCUAAUCCAUUCAAGAGAUAGAGCUAUUAGAGAAUUAUUAUUCAGAAAUUAUCCAUCACUCAUCGACCAUCCAAACAAUGUUGAUUUUAUGAAAAUUACUCUUGGAUUACCUGAAAUUUGGAUUGAAGAGGCAGCUGCUUUGUUUGCAGAAUAUUGCAAUUUAUAUCCUCUGCUAUUCGAAAAGCUUUGUCUUUCAAAUCAUUUUGCUAAAGCUCACAAGAUUCUUUUAGACCAUAUUUUCCCAUCUUUGAUUCUUUGCAACAAAUAUGACGAGUUGUUGUUGUAUUUGGGGAAACUACAGCCCAAGCUACAAGAAAUACCAACAUGGGGCCAAGGGGGUGAUAUUUUACUUGCUUAUGUGAGCAUCAGAAAACGAUUUGAGGAAUUAGAAAAUCUUGUGCAUGAUAACACUUCUCUAUUUGAUGUUGUGGGCAACUACGAACAUAUUUCAACACUUGAUUCUGAUGCUGUCAAAUUCUUAGAACAGGUGGCAAUAUUAAGCUCAAAAUAUUCAGAGCAACUCAAACACCGUGUAGCCAUUUCCGAUAUGACUGUCGGUGUGACCAACUUUAUUGUGAAGAUAAAAUCAUUUAUGGCAGUCUUUGAAACAGAUGAAAAAUUAAGAGAAGCUCUAUCGAUUACUGAGUAUUCAAACCAACAACGAUUUGAAUGUUUAGAUGCUGUUCAUAGUAUUAAUGCCGACAUCUACCUUCCAAACAAGAUUGACCUUCUCCAGACGAUUGCUCUGUCUAACACUUUCCCAUUCGAAUAA